CCUUUUGGACCCGGUGAUGAAAUAGUAGAUAAACAGCAGUAAUAUGUCGAAUUUAGGUGGCUUUCUUUUUACUAAUUUUACGUCAUACUUCUGCGCUCCGUUUAACAUAGAAAUGUACAGUAUAGAAGCAGCAUUCGAAAAGUAUGCUACGUGAUUGAGUUGAAAAGUGCUCCGCCUGUCUAUAAGUUGUAUAGCUAUAGCUGUCAUGCUGGAAGCAUGAUUGGAGUCUCCGCCCGCUUGACUGGUCUCGUCUUGAGAGUUGUCCAACCGGCUGUCUUGACACACACAAUAGUCACAGCUUGACUAGCGCGUCGUCGUAAACAGGUUAUUGUUACACUGUUUGUCGAACUAUAUUUUAACUCACAACUUUACGUUGUAACGAAGAAAGUAAAACUUAAAAAAAAAAAAAACAACAAGAAAUAUUUAUAUAUUUCAGUAGACUCCACCUGUCUUGUGCUACAUACAGCAGCUAAUAGCGUCAACGCUAUGGUUGACUGCUAGCCUUCAUUGACGAAGUGAUAAGUCCGCUGACUGCACUACUGCGAAGUGAAACAUUUUCAACAUGUUGCAGUGAGCGAUGCAUUUGCUGGUAUUAGGAAUGGCCAUCUGGGGAGCGCAAGCUUGUUCUGACUCUCAGAGCUGCACGACAACACUGCCACCCAAUGCCACCUCCAAAGACUACUGCUACUCGGCCAGAAUUCGCAGCACAGUGCUGCAGGGCUUGCCCUUUGGUGGUGUACCGACUGUUCUCGCCCUUGACUUUAUGUGCUUUUUGGGAUUGCUGGUUGUGUUCUCCUUCCUGCGAAAAGUUGCAUGGGAUUACGGACGCCUCGCUCUGGUCACUGACGCUGACAGGAGAAUGGAUCAGCGUUACAGUCGUCUGGAUGAUCGGGAAUAUGCGGCUGCUGAUUUGACAACAGACACAUCUGAACGCUAUGAGCGCCUCACCUCAGUUUCCAGCUCGGUAGACAUAGAUCAGAGAGACACGGGAUUCUGCUCUUGGCUCACUGCUAUAUUCCGCAUCAAGGACGAUGAGAUUAGGGAGAAGUGUGGCGAGGACGCAGUACAUUAUUUGUCCUUCCAGCGUCACAUUAUCGGCCUGCUGGUAGUGGUGGGUGUGCUUUCUGUGGGCAUCAUCUUGCCUGUAAACUUUUCAGGAAACCUACUUGAAAACAAUGCUUAUAAUUUUGGAAGAACUACGAUAGCAAAUCUAGAUGCAGAUAAUGCACUUUUGUGGCUGCACACCAUCUUUGCAUUCCUUUACCUGUUACUGACAGUGUGCAGCAUGAGAAGACACACGUCCAAGAUGCACUACGCAGAGGAUGACCUGGUCAAACGAACGUUAUUUGUCAAUGGCCUCUCCAAAUAUGCAGAAGAAACUGAAAUAAAACAACACUUUGAGGAGGCAUAUGAAAACUGUGCUGUGCUGGAAGCCCGCAUCUGUUACAAUGUAGCCAGGCUGAUGUAUCUUAACUCUGAAAGGAAGAAGGCAGAGCGCAGCAAGAAAUUCUUCCUUGAUUUACAGGCCAAAGAGCACAUAACCACAAUGAUAAAUCCAAAACCUUGUGGACACCUUUGCUGUUGUAUCAUCAAAGGCUGUGAGCAGGAAGAGGCUGUGAGUUAUUAUACCAAACUAGAGGCUCAAUUAAAAGAUGGCUACAGGAGGGAGAGAGAGAAGGUCAACAGAAAACCUUUGGGAAUGGCAUUCGUCACCUUUCAAAAUGAAUCCAUAACUGCUACAAUCUUGAAGGACUUCAAUGCUUGCAAAUGUCAGGGAUGCCACUGUCGCCGAGAGCCACAGAGCUCUGCAUUCAGCGAAAAACUCCAGACGCACAACUGGACUGUCAGUUAUGCCCCUGAUCCGCACAACGUCUAUUGGGAGCAUCUCUCACUGGGAGGAUUCUCAUGGUGGAUCCGCUGCUUGAUCAUAAACUGCGUCCUCUUCCUCCUCCUCUUCUUCCUUACCACUCCUGCCAUCAUUAUCUCCACCAUGGACAAGUUUAAUGUUACCAAACCGGUGGAAUACCUAAAUAAUCCAAUUAUCACUCAGUUCUUCCCCACUCUCCUCCUGUGGUCCUUCUCUGCCUUACUUCCUACCAUUGUUUACUACUCUGCCUUCUUUGAAGCCCAUUGGACGCGGUCAGGAGAAAACAGAACUACUAUGCAUAAAUGCUACACUUUCCUCAUCUUCAUGGUACUUCUACUACCCUCCCUUGGUCUAAGCAGUUUAGAUGUUUUCUUCCGGUGGCUUUUUGACAAAAGAUUCUUGGCAGAUGCUAAAGUGAGAUUUGAGUGCGUCUUCCUUCCUGACAAUGGAGCCUUUUUUGUGAACUAUGUCAUUGCAUCUGCAUUCAUUGGAAAUGCAAUGGACCUGCUCAGGAUCCCUGGUCUACUUAUGUACAUGAUCCGCCUUUGCCUCGCUCGAUCAGCAGCCGAGCGGAGGAACGUCAAGAGGCAUCAAGCUUACGAGUUUCAGUUUGGAGCAGCUUAUGCUUGGAUGAUGUGUGUCUUCACGGUGGUUAUGACCUACAGCAUCACCUGCCCAAUCAUUGUCCCCUUUGGGCUGAUGUACAUGCUUCUCAAGCACUUAGCAGACAGAUACAACAUGUACUAUGCUUACCUGCCUUCCAAACUGGACAAGAAGAUCCAUUCCGGAGCUGUCAACCAAGUGGUGGCUGCUCCAAUUCUUUGUCUAUUUUGGCUUCUUUUCUUCUCCACGAUGCGCUCUGGGUUUUCAGCUGCAAUCUCAAUGUUCACGUUUGUGGUUUUGAUCAUCACAAUCACUGUCUGCCUCUUGCAUGUCUGCUUUGGACAUUUUAAAUAUUUGAGUGCGCACAACUACAAGAUUGACACUCAAGUAUUGGAUGUGACCGAGAAUGGACCUACAGAAUGCACUACUAACUCCAACAAAGCAGCACAGAUGUACAUCGCAGAGGUUCUGCAAGAUCCAAAUUCAGAGGAGGCCGGAUCGGGCAGUGGCGAGGAUGACGGCCAGGGGUCAUUGCAGGAUGAGGAAAUAAUUAAUGUGGAAAAUGGCCUGAAUGAGGACUUCCAGUCUGGAGAAGACAGCCUCAUUGAAAAUGAAGUGCGACACUGAGAAAACAAAGAUUCAACUUUGAGAAGAAUGCACUGAAUAAAUGAACUAAACUGGACGUGGUUCAUCAAGGUCACCAAAGCAUCUCAACCUGAUCGAGGGACAUAAAACUAGCUCAAGGAUUCUUAUAUACUUAAAGCGUGUCUACUUGCAAAAGUAAUGAGCAGUAAAGUCCCUCAGAGCCACCACCACAGCGCAUGGACUCGGUGAAAAGUCACAAAAGGAGACAUGACAAAUAUGGCCCUAUCUUGCACUUGAAACGAGAAGACAAAACUUUCCACAAAGGCACCGUCGAUAGCAUGCCUUCAAAAAGUGAUUCCCCCAUGAUUGUCUGCUAGUACCCCAAAAUGUCCCCACUCAAUGCUUCUUAUGGAAUGCAGCUAUCAAGAGAGGUGCAGAUUUUUCCACAUAGCUCAUGCGAUCCCUGAGAAGCCUCAAAGAGGGGAGCAUUGAUUAGAAUAUGUACAUUGCCCUCCCACUCUGCACGAUGAUUGGUAUUUUAGCACACUACGCUGUUAGAAGCAAUGCAGCCCAUUGGGAAUGCUGCUGGACUGCUGCUGCUACUUUAGCCUGCUGCAAGAGGACUUUUGAGUUGAAUAGGAUGGACAGAAAGUUGGUGGGGUCAGUCUGUUAUGAUACUCAUUGAGUUUCUAUUUUUUUGCCAAUAGGUUUACAUAUUUACGCACAGAUACUGACAUUUGCAUUAAUUUUUGACGGUAACUGAAUAUGGAGUAGUUUCUCACUUGUCCUUGUUGACUGUGUAUGUAGGCACUUGAUCAUGUAGGUCCUGAUAGGUGUACUGUAUUCUAAGAUGUUGGCAGCCAUGCUACAGCCUCCUGAAGCUGAUUUUAUUUUAAUGAAAUAUCUAUGAUAAAACAUGAACCAUCCUAAAAAAAAGUCAACAGCCACAUAUGUGGGUAUAAUGCAUUCAACAUCUCUAUUUAUUAUUUAAUUCAAUUUGCAAAUCUGAACUGUAAGUACACAUUUAAGGCCUUACUCUGCAUCAAACUUGUCGUUUUUAUCAUCUUUUUGAGGAAUGAUGGGUGCAAACUCAUUUUAUCUGACCCACCAUGCAACUGCUAAAAAUUAAUUACAUAAAUUGUUAUAAAUCACCCUGAAGCAUUUAAUCUACAUAAACUCAAAAUCUGUGGUCGUUAUUUGUUCAAAUCUUUUUUUUUUUU